AUGUCUGAUUCAGAAAUCGAUCUUCCAAAGGAUGCUGCCGCUUAUCUUAAGAAAUUGCAGGAGAGACCACUUGUGAUUCCUGAAAUUGAUUUCACUGUUUACGAAAUUGGUGAUGGUAAUAGGGUUUCUACCCUGGAACGAUAUUGCAAAGACGUUCAAGCUCCCGCUGUUCAAAAACCAACACCUGAAGAAUUCUUUUCAGAAGCAGAUCCUUCCAAACCCGAUAUCGCAUUUUUGAAGAAUCAUUUUUAUCGUGAAGGAAGAAUCACAGAAGAACAAGCUUUGUUUAUCAUUAACAAAGGGACUGAAAUAUUAAAGCAAGAACAAAAUUUAUUAGAAGUUGAUGCUCCAAUAACCGUCUGUGGUGAUAUUCAUGGACAAUACUAUGAUUUGAUGAAAUUAUUUGAAGUUGGCGGUAAUCCUGCCGAAACACGCUAUCUCUUCCUCGGUGAUUAUGUUGAUAGAGGUUAUUUUUCCAUCGAGGUAUAUGAGGCAUGCAUGGAAUCAUUUUGCGCUCUUCCACUCGCCGCCAUAAUGAAUAAACAAUUUCUUUGUAUUCAUGGUGGUUUAUCACCAGAUUUGGUUACUUUAGAUGAUUUGCGUACUAUUAAUAGAUUUAGAGAACCUCCAACAAAUGGGUUAAUGUGUGACUUAUUAUGGGCUGAUCCAUUAGAAGAAUUUGGACAAGAAAAAACAAGUGAAGGCUUUAUACAUAAUCAUGUUAGAGGAUGUUCUUAUUUCUUUAGUUAUCUGGCAGCCUGCAACUUUUUAGAAAAAAACGGAUUAUUGUCUAUAAUCCGUGCUCAUGAAGCUCAAGAUGCGGGAUAUCGAAUGUACCGAAAAACGAAAUCUACCGGUUUUCCUUCUGUCAUGACAAUUUUUUCAGCUCCUAAUUAUUUAGAUGUAUAUAAUAAUAAAGCUGCCGUAUUGAAAUAUGAAAACAAUGUUAUGAACAUUCGUCAGUUUAAUUGUACACCUCAUCCAUAUUGGUUACCCAAUUUCAUGGAUGUUUUUACCUGGUCUCUACCUUUUGUUGGUGAAAAAAUCACAGACAUGUUGCUCGUCAUUUUAAAUAUUUGUAGUAAAGAAGAAUUAGAUGAUGAAGAACUUAUAUCAGAGCCUAGAACUCCAGAGGAAUCCGAACGUGUAAUGGAAUUAAAGACCGUAACAGGUACUGGUAAAUUACCAUACGGUACAUUGGCUUUAGGUGCUGAGGAAGCGCGUCGAUCAGAUAUAGAAAAUGAACGAUUACCACCUACUCGAGAAGAGACAGAUGCAGCAGAACAAUUAAAAACACAAGCAGCAAUCGCUGCAGCUGUAGAAGAAGUUAAUAAUGAUCAAGAGCUUGCUGAAGUCGCGGAUGUAUUUGUUAAAGAAGAUGAGAAAAGAAGAAGUUUAAAAGAAAUAGUUUUUGCUAGUGCCUAG